CGGACCGUUUAUAUAUAACUCCAGCCCCCGUGCCAGCCCCUAGCCUUGAUGUCUUGUUGUUUUCAAAUUGAACCACUCGGAUCAUCUUCUUCCUAAAGUUCCUGAUUCUCAGAGUGAUAUGUUCCCAGUCCCCGACGUGCUCGCCCGCUCGAGACUGAUUCCCAAACGAGGGUGACUUUAUGUUGUCUUCAUAUAUGCUGGCUCGUAUAAAUAUUACCUUACAGCUUGUUUCCGGAUUUCUCAUGACCCUUUGAACAUGUGGUGGUGAGGAAACAACUGUCCUACAAAUUUGAGCUGAGAUGCGACGGGUUCUUCUUUGUCUCUUAAAUGUCACCAAUAAUGAUGCCAAAUACCGAGCAAAAGUUACGCAAUCAUGUGCUUAUUUCUCUUCAACCUCACCUUACUGUCAGGACCAACCAGUUCAAGACCGACAUAUAGAGGAACAUGAAAGACAUUCCUCAACUGGGCCCGCGACCCGAAUCCAUAAACUGAUUGCGUCACAGUCGGACCCACUUCUUGCCAAAGAAAUCUUUGAUUUGGCCUCUCGACAUCCCGAUUUCCAGCCUUCUUAUGCUGUAUUCCACUCCCUCAUCAUCAAACUCGGCCGUGCUCACCACUUCUCACUCAUGGAGCCUCUUCUUCACUCUCUAAAGUACCACCGGUUCACCAUUUCCCCAUCACUAUUCUCACACAUUAUCCAGAUCUAUGGCGAUGCUAGAAAUCCUGAAAAAGCCCUCAAAACCUUUUACACAAUCUUGGAGUUCAACAUGAAACCUCGUCGUAGACACUUGAACCAAAUUCUUGAGAUCCUCGUUGCCCACCGUGAUUUCAUUCGUCCUGCAUUUGACCUCUUUAAAUCUGCCCAUCGAUAUGGAGUCCCGCCCAACACCAGAUCUUACAACAUUCUUAUGAGAGCCUUUUGCUUGAAUGAUGAUUUGAGCAUCGCCUGCUCAUUGUUAGAUAAAAUGUAUGAAAGAGAUGUUUUGCCGGAUGUGGAGUCGUAUAGAAUCCUUAUACAAGGGUUGUGUAGAAAGAGCCAAGUGAAUAAAGCCGUCGAUUUGCUUGAUGAUAUGCUUAACAAAGGGUUUCUUCCGGAUACCUUUUGUUACACCACUUUGUUAAACAGCUUGUGUAGGAAGAAACAGCUUAGAGAAGCUUACAAACUACUCUGUAGAAUGAAGGUGAAGGGCUGUAACCCUGACAUAGUUCAUUAUAACACUGUUAUUUUAGGGUUUUGUAGAGAAGGCCGCGCUCUUGAUGCUUGCAAGGUUCUUGAGGAAAUGCCUGAAAAUGGAUGCCUACCCAAUUUGGUGUCUUAUAGAACACUGGUUGGAGGAUUAUGCGAUCAAGGAAUGUACGAAAAGGCUAAAGACUAUGUGAAUGAGAUGGUGUCCAAAGGGUUUUCUCUGCAUUUUUCGCGUGUUCAUACACUGAUAAUGGGAUUCUGUGGCCUCGGCAAAAUCGACGAAGCUUGUGAGAUCGUGGAGGUACUGUUGAAGCAUCAAAACACACUGCAUAUUGAUACUUGGGAUGGAAUUAUCGGUCGGGUUUGUGAGGACGAUGCUGAGAGGUUGGGAGACAUUUUGGAAGAAAUUAAGAAGGUAGAGAUAAAGCCCGGGUCAAGAAUCGUGGAUAUCGGUGCUGGUUUUGGAGAUUUUAUAAUCAAUAGAAUAAAAGGCAGAUCAAGAAAGAAAAUUAUUUUAGAUGAAAUAUUGGAUGAAAUGUCCCCUUCCAGUCAUUACAACAAAAUAGACGAACCGUUCCUGCCAUUGAAGUUGCAGACGAAAGUGAAAGAAAUGGAAACGGAGAAGACAGGGAAGCGAUUCGCGGGGAAGGUAGCAAUAGUCACGGCUUCGACUCAGGGCAUCGGCUUCGCCAUCGCCCAAUGCCUGGGCUUCGAGGGCGCCUCUCUCGUCAUCUCUUCUCGCAAGCAGAAAAAUGUUGAUGAAGCAGUUGAGAAACUAAGAGGGAAAGGAAUUGAGGUUUUGGGAGUUGUUUGCCAUGUUUCAAAUUCGCAGCACAGGAAGAAUUUGAUAGAGAAGACACUCCAGAAAUAUGGAAGGAUAGAUGUAAUUGUGUCCAAUGCUGCUGCCAACCCUUCUGUGGAUUCAAUUUUAGAAACCAAAGAGUCUAUUCUUGACAAGCUAUGGGAUAUCAAUGUGAAAGCCUCUAUACUCUUAUUGCAAGAUGCAGUUGCUCACCUGCAAAAAGGCUCAUCAGUUGUUUUAAUAUCUUCAAUCACUGCCUUCAACCCGCCAGCAGGAAUGUCUAUGUAUGGAGUUACCAAAACUGCUCUUUUAGGACUUACCAAGGCUCUUGCAGCAGAAAUGGCCCCAAAUACUCGCGUUAACUGUGUAGCACCGGGGUUCGUCCCCACUCACUUCGCCGAGUUCUUAACAAAGUCAGAUGAGAUAAGGAACUCUCUCGUGGAGAAGACGCUUCUGAAUAGGUUGGGAAAGACGGAAGACAUGGCGUCAGCCGCGGCAUUUUUGGCAUCUGACGACGCCGCUUAUAUAACCGGAGAGACUUUGGUUGUUGCCGGUGGAAUGCCUUCCAGGCUCUGAGAGAGACCCUUUCUAAUCGCACUGGUCGCGGGUGCACCCUCCAAAGUCCGAAUUGCGCCCCCAAUAAUAUAUCUGGUCACGUACACAAUUGUAAAAGAAAAGAAAAAGGAAACAUUUAGUAGUACUUAUUACAAUGUUUUUGUACUGGAAGAGAUGAUUCAUUUGCUUAAGUUCAAAUAAAUUCAGUGUGACUGG